CCUCCAAUAGAAAAGUUCAGAUUGGACGGGACUCUCCGGGCGGGUGGGCUCUGGAGCGAUGCGGUUCGGGACCAGGUGCGCCACGCCGACAGAGUACUGACAUUUCGCGUUUCUGCCCCAAAGCCCUUCUCCAGUUCAUGUCCCUGUGUUUAAAUCCUGUUUGUGUCCCUCUGGCCAUCCGUCGAACUCACGCGGCUACAAUAACGCAAUUGGAUGACAGACAUGGCCUCCGCUGCUUUACUGCUCCUGGCCCUCUCCUCUUCAGUCUCCCUGACUGUGGCGGUUCUAUUUGGCGAGCCUAGAAUCUUUGGAGAUGACGCGACCGGAUAUGGCCCCAUCUUUGAGGAGGAGCCGGUGGACGUUGUCUACACUGAAGACUCCCCGGAUGGGAGGAUCUCAAUGAACUGCAGGGCACGAGCAAACCCACCUGCCUCCUACAGGUGGCGCCGUGAUAACUGGGAAAUCAAGCUGAUGGAGCAGCCAGACGAGUUCUACAGCCUUGUUGGGGGGAACCUGGUUAUUACGAACCCCAGGCAGAAGAAACACGCCGGCACGUACGUCUGCGUGGCCAGGAACAUCUAUGGCACCGUCAUCAGCAAGGAGGCCAGGGUCAAGUUUGGAUUUGUGGAGGAGUUUCCUCAAGAGGAAAGGGACCCAGUGUACAUCAAAGAAGGGCAGGGGGCUGUUCUGCUGUGCGCCCCUCCAAAAGUUUGGCCACAGGAGGUGACCUACCGCUGGAUCUUCAACGAGUUCCCAGUUUUCCUGUACACGGAUCGCCGCCGCUUCGUCUCCCAGAAGACGGGGAACCUGUACAUCUCCAAGGUGGAAGCUCAGGAUGCGGGAAACUACUCCUGCUUCGUCUCCAGCCCCGUCACCGGGAAAAGUGUCUUCUCCAAGUUCAUCCCUCUCAUCCCCUUGCCCCCUGAUGAUGGUGAGGAGAAAAAAUACCCAGCAGACAUCAGGGUGAAGUUCCCAGAUACUACCGCCAUGCUGGCCUCUAAUAUUACAUUGGAGUGCUUUGCAUUGGGAAACCCCAUCCCCGACAUUGUUUGGAGGAAGGUCGAUGCCACGGACCUCCCACCAAAUCACGUGAUCAGUGAAUCCGGAGCCGUGCUUCACCUGUACAAUGUACAGUAUGAAGAUGUGGGAGGAUAUGAGUGUGAAGCCAUCAACACUAAAGGGAAGGACUGGCACAAGGCCUGGCUGUACGUGGAGUCCGCUCCAGAGUGGGCAGAAACCAUCAACAACACUCAGAUCGACAUCGGCUCAGAGCACACCAUGCGCUGUGUGGCAUCAGGGAAGCCCUUCCCUUUCAUCCGCUGGUACAAAGAUGGAUAUAUGUAUGGUAAGGGGGAGUUGAAGUUUUCCAGUCUCACUUUCGAUGACUCGGGAAUGUACCAGUGUGUUGCUGAGAACUACUGGGGAAUCAAAUACGCCAACGCCGAGCUGCGAGUCAUCGCCUGUGCUCCUACAUUCGAGUUUAGCCGUGUGAAGAAGCAGCUCCUGGGGGCUAAAGACGGCCGCGUGGUGAUUGAGUGUAAACCCCGAGCUGCUCCCAGACCGCGGUACACCUGGACAAAGGGCAAAGAGCUCCUCUAUAACAAUUCACGCAUUUCCAUCAUGUUUGAUGGGAGUCUGGAGAUCCUCAACGCCACCAACAACGAUGAGGGUGUGUACACCUGCUUUGCUGAGAAUGACCGCGGAAAGGCCAACAGCUCUGGCUAUCUCACCAUCACAGAGGCUACCGGCAUCACAGAACCACCUGAAGACACGGAGGUAAAGGUCGGUGACGAGGUGAUUUUGAGGUGCGCCGCCUCAUACGACCCCAUGCUGGACAUCGUAUUCAUCUGGUCCAUAGACUUCAGGGUCAUCGACUUUGACUCUGAGUGGGAACACUACGAACGUGUUAUGAGUGACGAUGGCUCCGGUGAUCUGAGAAUAAAGAAUGUCCAGAUUUGGCACGAAGGUCGCUACACCUGCUUGGCUCAGACAGUGGUGGACAGCGAUACUGCAUACGCUGACCUCCAGAUUGUAGGUGUUCCCGGCCCUCCUGGCGUGAUCCGGGUGGAAGAGAUUGGGGACACGUGGGUGAAGCUUUUAUGGUCUAAAGGAGCCAAUCACAACAGCCCCAUUCUCUCCUACACUAUUCAGACCAGACAUUACUGGGCCCUGAAUGAAGAUGACUGGAGGGACGCCAGCACCUCUCCAACCUUUCUUGAUGGUAAUGUGGAGAAGGCAGAAGUGACAGAUCUGUACCCCUGGAUGGAGUAUCAGUUCAGGGUCAUCGCUACCAACGAGUACGGUUCCGGAGAGGCCAGCAUCCCCUCCCUCAAGAUUAAAACCUGGGACGCUUCUCCAGUGAUUUCCCCCACUGAUGUGGCGGGCUAUGGAGGUAGAAAUGGCGAGAUUGUCAUUACGUGGACUCCCGUGCAGCCCUGGUUCUUCUCCGGCAAGAAGUUUGGCUACAUCGUGGCAUUCAAGCCUCAUGACGCUUACGAUUGGUGGUACGAGACCAUUUCAGACCCGGAGACCAGACGUUACGUUCACAGGGACUCCCACUUCAUUCCCACUGAUGAAGAUUUCCAGGUCAGGGAGUUUCAGGUGAAGAUCAAGUCGUUUAAUGUGAAAGGAGACGGACCAUUCAGCCUCACCACGGUCAUCUACUACCCAAGAGAUGUACCUAUAGAGUCUCCAACAGAUGUCUAUGCAAGGCCGGUGUCCUCCACUGAAGCUCUGGUCUGGUGGCUCCCUGUCGUCGACACUGGUACGGGCCUGCAGCAAUACAUCGAGGGAUACCAGGUGAAAUACUGGAGAAAGUACGACGAUCCGGAGGCUGGAGCAAACCGUAUAUUUGUGUCAGCCUCAACCAACCAGACGAGGUUGGAGAACAUGCUGCCGGACUCUCACUACCUCAUCGAGGUCCGCGCCUUAAACGGAGCCGGCCUCGGACCCCCCGGUGAACACUGUGAGAUGUUCACAAAGAGGCCGCCCCCACCAGAGCCUCCCAGGAUGUGGCGCUAUGUUACCUGGACAGGCCAGUGGUUGUACGUCUGGUGGGACCAUAUCCAGUACGACUGGUUCGGCAAUAUUUCCUUCCCACUGUAUUACAAGGUCAUGUUCAGGAAGACGGGUUACAUCUAUGGGAAGGUCUACGUCACUGGCUGGCACUUCAUGGACUUCCCCAUGCCUCAGUUUGGAGACUACGAGCUGAUGGUACGCGGCCGUUAUGAAGGAGGGGAUGGUCCAGUCAGGAAGAUCAGGAUUAAGGGUAAAGCCUCAAUGAUCACGCCGACUCUAAGCCUGGUGUCUUUGCUGCUACUGGCGAUGUGCAUUGCGGGAUUGGAAAUAUGAGGCACUGUCGAAAGUGACAUGUAUAUAAUAAACUGUGUGGCAAAUCAAUUUGUGGAUAGAAGAGAUCCAGUCUUCACCUCCAAACACUGUUCCCACUGAGACUCAUCGGCCCAAGAUCCGACACCAUGCAUCUUUGGUGCUGCAACACCACACAACACUUUGAGGACUUCCGCCGCCCAACCGUGAACUACACAGCAAUCUGUCAAAUCUGUAUGUUUACGUUGUGUUGAGUCCAGAUCCCCCCCCCCCCCCCCCCAAGUCUGGAUAGAUGCCGUACUUUAAAUGCUCAGUAUUCAGAUAUAAAAGCAUAGAGUAGAACAGUUCUACCAAUACUAAAUUAUGUUCCUGAUUCUCUACUGUAAUUCAAUUUCCUCAUAUUUUAAUCAGUGUUUCCAGCUUUGAGUGAGGACAAACAGUAGUUUAGGGAGGUUGAAUCCUACCCAUAUAAUGGGGAAAUAUUAGUAAAGAACUUUAUUACAAUCACUGUA